AUGUCUGCUAAUCCAGGUUCGUUGAAAAGAUGGAAUCCUACUCCCCCUGAGCGUGGAUCAUUCCCGUUGGAUCAUUUUGGUGAGUGCUCCACCCAAAUGCAAGAAUACCUCAAAUGCUUAAAGCUCGUCAAAGGAAAUAACGCCCCAAAUUGUCGUUUAUUAGCAAAAAGUUAUUUGUCAUGUCGUAUGGACAAUCAGUUAAUGGAUAAAUCCGAUUGGGAAUCUUUGGGAUUGCCAAAGGAUCUAGAUAAACCAGCUGCUGCCGUCGAUAAAAAAGAUUAA